AUGUCUCUCUGUGAUGACAUAUUAAAUUUGGGUCAUACAAUUGCCACCGACAAUUGGUAUACCAAUUUGGACUUGGCAAAACAACUACUGAACCACGACACCUACCUAAUUGGAACAAUUAGAAAGAAUAGAAGGGGUUUGCCAAUGGCAGUAGUCGAAGCCAAACUGGAAAAAGGCGAAUCCAUAGCUAUGGAGAAUCAACGGGGUAUAACUGUUCUCAAAUGGAAGGAUAAGCGCGACGUCUUAGUGUUUUCGACGAAAUACUCAAACGGCAAACGAACGGUUCUAAAGAAAAGUAGAGCUAUUAAAAAACCAAAAAUUAUACUUGCCUACAAUGAAGCAAAAAGUUCAGUCGAUAUGAGUGAUCAAAUGACUUCAUAUUCUUCACCACUCAGAAAAACUCUGAAGUGGUACAAAAAACUGGCUAUUGAGCUUAUUUUAAGCACAGCGCUGGUGAAUGCUUGGAUUAUGUAUAAAGAGAACAAAAACACUAAUCAGGGUAUAGUGCAAUUCAGGCGUCAGUUAGUCGAGUAUCUUGUGGAUUCAGGAGUCGAUAAAGAAAAUUGUGAACAGCGGCAGGAGAGACCUAAAAGAAUGAAACACGAAUUGCUGUAA